AUGACAGUAACAAAUCCUAUUGCGCAUCUGACAGCCGAGGCAUACCCAAGCGUCAAGAGAAACCCUGAUUUCAAAGUUCUCGACUCAGCAGAUUUGGAAUAUUUCCAUUCAAUUUUGUCAAAUGAUGAAAUCUUGGAAUCGCAGACUCCUGAAGAGCUCGUUGCUUUCAAUCAGGAUUGGAUGAAGAAAUAUAGGGGCCAAUCAAACUUAAUUCUUUUGCCAAAAUCCACUGAUAAAAUCUCGAAGAUCAUGAAGUACUGUAACGACAAUAAAUUGGCAGUAGUGCCACAGGGUGGUAACACUGACUUGGUAGGGGCCUCUGUACCAGUAUUUGACGAAAUUAUUCUUUCUUUAAGGAAUAUGAAUAGUAUCAGAGAGUUUGAUCCCGUUAGUGGGACCUUUAAAUGUGAUGCGGGUGUUAUAAUGCGUGAUGCCCAUCAAUUUUUACACGACCAUGAUCACAUCUUUCCUCUAGAUUUGCCAUCAAGAAAUAACUGUCAAGUGGGAGGUGUAGUCUCUACGAAUGCAGGUGGCUUGAACUUUUUGAGAUAUGGCUCACUGCAUGGUAAUAUUUUAGGUUUAGAGGUAGUGCUGCCCAAUGGCGAAAUCAUUAGCAAUAUCAAUGCUUUGAGAAAAGAUAACACCGGAUAUGACUUGAAACAGCUAUUUAUCGGAGCAGAGGGUACGAUUGGUGUCAUCACUGGUGUAUCUAUAGUAGCAGCGGCAAAACCCAAAGCUUUAAAUGCUGUUUUCUUUGGGAUUGAGAAUUUUGACACAGUUCAAAAAUUGUUUGUAAAGGCUAAGAGUGAAUUAUCUGAAAUUUUGUCCGCUUUUGAAUUCAUGGAUCGCGGUUCAAUUGAAUGUACGAUAGAGUAUCUGAAAGACUUACCCUUUCCGUUGGAAAAGCAACACAACUUUUAUGUCCUAAUAGAAACUUCAGGAUCUAAUAAAAAACACGACGACGAAAAAUUGAGAGCCUUUGUUUCAGAAACUUCGAAUUCCAAAUUAAUUUCAGAGGGUAUGAUGGCAAAGGAUAAAGCUGAUUAUGAUAGACUUUGGACUUGGAGAAAGUCUGUUCCAACUGCAUGUAACUCUUAUGGUGGCAUGUACAAGUACGACAUGUCCUUACAAUUGAAAGACUUGUACUCGGUAUCACAAGCUGUUACAGAAAGAUUGAAUGCGGCAGGCUUGAUUGGUGACGCACCUAAGCCUGUUGUUAAGUCUUGUGGUUAUGGUCACGUUGGUGAUGGAAAUAUUCAUUUGAAUAUUGCAGUAAGAGAAUUUACAAAGCAAAUUGAAAACUUGCUGGAGCCAUUUGUUUAUGAGUAUAUCAGAUCGAAAAAGGGCUCGAUCAGUGCUGAGCAUGGUGUAGGUUUUCACAAAAAGGGUAAAUUACAUUACUCGAGAAGUGACAUUGAGAUAAGAUUUAUGAAGGAUAUCAAGCGUCACUAUGAUCCUAACGGGAUUUUGAACCCUUACAAAUACAUCUGA